AUGAUCGAGAAGCUAGAUUGCAAAAUACUUGAAAUAGAGGAACUGGAAAGUAAGUUGAAAGAUUUGCAAAAGUCGAAAAAGGAUUUGGAAACUGAGAAAGGAGCGAGUGAAUCAGCAAGUGAUGAGCAGAAGAAACUUCAGGAAAGAGUACACGAGUUGAAUAUUAUUGCUAAGAAAACAGCAGAGAGAGAUUCAGCAGUGGACACUCGGCCAGUGAAAACAUCAGCCAAAUCAGUGCAGGCAAGAGCUAAGUCCAAAGAUGAAACGGAUAGUAAUAGCAGUAGUGACUCUAAUAAAAACAUCAGUGAUCCAGCUUCCAAACCCGAUCGUUUCGCCUCUUCCAAGUCGAAAAAAUCGACAAUGGAGAGCGAAAGAAGGCUGAAAGAGAUAGAGAAAGAGAAGGCACAAGACGAAGAGAAGAUGAAAAGAGAGAGACAGUUAUUGGAUGAUGAGAGGAAGAGAUUGGAGGAAACCAUCAGGAAUCUGACAGAAAAACAAACUGAGCUCAUAAAUAAGUUGCAUGAAGCUUAUGAUGGGACUGUCAGGCUAAAUGAACAGGGCACAUCUUCUACAGAUAAAGAACUGAUUAUCAAGCUGGAGCGGUUGCAAGCAGAGAGAGACACUUAUCAGAAGGAAUUGACCAAAAUUCGGGAACAAAUAUCGAACCUUGUCGAUUCAGGUGCAUCGAAUGAGCCAGGCUUGCGUAACCAGUCGCCAUCUUGUAUCCUACAGCGUCUAGUAACGGAGCGUGACUUUUAUCAGAAAGAAUUCAACCGACUUCAGAAGCAGAUUAGCAACAAUGUGAACCCCUCCAGCCACGACCAAUCGGAUGUUGGGGAGCUGAGAGAGAAACUGAAUGAGAAAGAGAGAGAGAUAUGUUGUCUAAAAGAGAAAUUGAGAGAUCUGUGUGCCCAGCAGAGAGUCUCUCCCAUACAACAUCCAUCGCAAAAUGGAGCUAUUCUAAGACUGGAAAUGGAGAGAGAUUCAGCGAAAGCGGAUUGUUCAAGACUGGAGGAAGAUAGAAAUGCUCUGAAAGAAAAACUGAGAAAUAUAACGGAGCUAAACAAGGAUGAAAUGCAAAGAUUGGAGCAAGGCAGUCAUGCCCUACAGACGACCAUCACGAAGCUGGAGGUGGAGAGGCGGGAACUGAUGAACGGUUUGGCGGCGGCAAAAUCUAAGAUAAAAAUGCUCGAAAAGAAAUUGGAUGACUAUCGAGAACAAAUGCAGAACCAACAGACGGAUCUAUCCCAGCAGAUAUCUCAUCUCAAUCAUAUCAAGAUGUUGCAAGAACAGACGGAUAGAGCUUUGAGCACAUCUCAAGAUAUGCUGACAAAUACUGAAACAGAAUUGGCUAGCGCAUUGGAACGUAUCCAUGAAUUAGAGCAGCAAAGACUCUGUUUAGAGAGAGAGCUAUCUUGUCUACGCACCGAACGUAUCUCGUUGAAGAGCAACAUGUCAAUGAUUGACGAGGAAAAGGAUAAGUUGCUGUUGAAAGUGGAUGAAAAGACGGAACAAGUGGUGAAAUUGGAGCGAGAUAGCAAGACGAAAGAGAGCAGGAUAACACAUCUGGAGAGUGUGCUGGCUGAUAUGCAGAUGAAAUUAGAGUGAGUACCGACAUUACGUCAUCAUAUUUUUCUCUUUU